AUGGCUCGGCUACACCAAUCUACUCGCCACAGGCGGCAAAGGCCAUCCUACACCUCUUUCCUCGCCAUCUUCAUCACUGCGGCAUGGGCGCAAGACUCAAAACGCGGUUUUGCAUUCAUAGGCGACUCGCAUGUACCGGACAACCGCCUGCUUACCUCCGACAACUCGCCAAUAUCAUGGUACUACAAUUGGUCUCCAUACCCAAAUAGUGAUCUUAUUCCGGCGGACAGUCUAGAGUUUGUCCCCAUGAUUCAUGGCAUAGACGCCACGGAAGACAGUCAAACCGAACGCGUCAUAGGAGGCUUGCCACAAAGUAGCAAGCACCUUUUGUCCUUUAACGAGCCGGACGGCACCGAAGGGAGUGGUGGUAGCAGCAUUAGUCCUGAAGAUGCCGCGAAAGCAUACAUCGAUUUCGUCGUGCCUUUCCGGAAUGGUGAUAGCGGCGGCAGGAAUUGGUUGAUCAGCCAUCCGAGUACUACGGGUAGUCCAAACGGUCUUGACUGGUUACGACGCUUCAACGAGUCUUGUUAUGAGAUCGAUUCUGAAAACGGCUGCCCAACGGAUUUUGUCGCCGUACAUUGGUAUGGUGCUUUUGAUGGUUUGGCAGGCUGGUUAGGCACCCUGGAUGAAUUCUACAACACGAAUUCGACAAGAGAUCAACCGCUGAAACUUUGGAUUACCGAGAUGGCACUUCCGCAACAAGACGAGGAGAAUACUGUGGGCAUGAUGAACCAGACACUGCCCUAUCUCGACCAACUGGAUUACGUGGAACGGUACUCGUGGUUCGGUGCUUUCAGAACAGAUGAUGCGAACGAAUGGACCGGCGACGGGGUAGCACUGUUCGAUGAUGAUGGUGGCUUGACCGAGCUCGGUGCUCUAUACUUGGGUGAUGGGUUUGAAGAAGGACAGAAGGGUGAGGGUGCAGAGGAUGCGGCAAGUGGGCUGAGGGUCAGUGCAGGACUGAUGGCCGCUUUGGCUUUGUGCGCGACAAUGUUUGCCAUGCUGUAA